AUGAGAGGCGUGAAGAGGUUUGGAGUGCGAGGGAAGUUAAGUCCUCGUUACAUUGGCCCCUACGAGAUCGUGAAGCGGAUUGGGACGGUGGCUUACCGAAUUGCAUUGCCACCCAGGCUUGCGGGUGUGGACAAUGUAUUCCACGUCUCCAAUCUUCGCAAGUAUGUGCAUGACCCCGGGCAUGUCUUGGUGUAUGAGCCGCCGGAACUACAAGAAGAUAUGAGCUACGAGGAAUUUUCGGUAAUGAUUUUGGCUUGGGAGGUGGGCAAGUUGAGGAAUCGAGAAAUUCCCUAUGUUAAGGUCCAGUGGAUCAAUCAUAGCAACCGCGAAGCCACUUGGGAGCUCGAGAGCGAGAUGAAGAUACAUCACCCUCACUUGUUCGAGGAUUAA